AUGAGUACAGAUAUCUUGCAACGUGUGACGGUAUUGGUAACUCUGACUUACCUUCCCGAUCCGUCAAAGGUUCCGAAGUUAAAGCUGAUUCACGCACUUUCCUCCGGAGUUGACCAUCUUCUAUCGCACGCCUUAGUCAAAGGACCAAGUGUGCGACUCACGAGUAGUUGCGGAAUACAUGGUCCUCCGAUCGCGGAAUGGGUGGCGAUGAACUGGCUCGUUGCAUCUAGGAAGUUCAAAGUAUUAGCUCAGGCACAGAGCUCGCAGACCUGGGAUCAAGUUGAUGGCUAUCUGCAUCAUACUGAGGACCAGGUCGGAAAACACGUAGGUAUUCUCGGGUAUGGGAGCGUUGGGCGACAAAUUGCGAGACAAGCAGUGGCUCUUGGAAUGACUGUCCACGCCUAUACAGCGACGCCCAAAACAACCCCUCAAUCGCGCCAGCAGAAUGGGUAUAUCAUUCCAGGAACAGGAGAUCCCCAUGGUGAGCUUCCAACGUCCUGGCAUCAUGGAACGAGCCGUGAUACUCUACGUUCAUUUUUAUCCAUUGGGUUGGACCAUCUCGUGGUCGCUGUCCCGCUCACUGGGGAGACAACUCGUCUACUUGGUGAGAACGAAAUACAGACGUUGUCAUCACAUUGCAAGAAUGGUCACAAGCCCUUCAUUGUCAACAUUUCUAGAGGCAAGGUCUUCGAUCAAGAUGCUUUGAUCGAAUCGUUGAGAUCUGGAGAAAUCAGCGGUGCAGCACUUGACAUGACCGACCCACAUCCCUUACCCCAGGGUCACCCGUUGUGGGAUGUGCCAAAUGUACAGCUCACUCCCCAUAUUAGUGCGAUGGGACAGGCAUAUUUCCCGCGGUCUUUUGACAUCUUGAGCUUGAAUCUUGAAAGAAUGAAGGAUGGACUACCUUUGAUCAAUCAAGCCUGCAUCACAAAGGGGUACUAA